UUUGUCAAUAAAUAGUAUGAGUAUGUAUAAAAAAAAAUUACGUAACAAUAGUAUGUAGGUUCAUACCGAUUUAAAUAAUUUUCGAUUAUUUACUUUGGUACCUCUAGUUGUUGGAUUGAAAAAGUGUGGUUUCUCGCAGUGUUUACAUAUCUGAUGGUAUUUAAUAAUCAACAUUAUAAACAGGACUAGAUGUUUUAAUGAACUGAACAACCUUCACAUUCCAGUAUUUUAUCGAUUAUAAGUAAAUUUUACGUUGUUGUUAGUAAUGUGUAGGUAGACUAAAAUUAUGGCAGGAAAAGCUAUUUUAUAUUCCUAUUGGAGGAGUUCCUGCUCAUGGAGAGUUCGAAUUGCAAUGAAUUUAAAAGAGAUUUCUUACGAUAUUGUGCCAGUUUCAAUUUUAAAAGGUAAAGAUGAACAACACUCGGAUGAAUAUCGUAAGAUAAAUCCUAUGAAACAAGUUCCUUCGCUGGCCAUAGAUGGAAAUAUUUUAAUUGAAAGUCUCAGUAUUCUGGAAUAUUUGGAAGAAACUCGUCCAAAAAUCCCUCUGCUACCAUCAGAUUUUGGAGCACGGGCCAAAGUUAGGGAAAUAUGUGCAAUUAUUGCAAGCGGAAUACAGCCAUUGCAGAAUCUUAAAGUACUGAAUUACGUUGGCAAAGAAAAGCAACAGGAAUGGGCGCAACACUGGAUUAACGAAGGUUUUAGAGCCGUAGAAAAAAUAUUAAGUACAACGGCAGGCGAAUAUUGUAUUGGAAACGACGUCACAUUAGCUGACUGUUUUCUAAUACCCCAAGUUUAUAAUGCAAGGAGAUUUCAAGUAAAUUUAGAACUUUUUCCGAAUAUUUUGAAAAUUGACACCCGACUGAAAAAUCACCCAGCAUUCAGGGAAGCUGAUCCAGAGCAUCAGCCUGAUUGUCCUAAUAAAUAAGAUUUUCAAAUUUUGUUAUUCUGCGACAUGAAAAUAUAUUGUUAUAAAAAAGACAUUAAAAGUAAUGAACGACUAUUAUUUUAUAGGUGGCCAAAUGAGGAUAUUUUGAGAUUAUCAAAAGGAAGUGGUUUUAUUGAAAAGUAAUUAUAUCACUGUCAACAAAUUUUUGAAUUUGGCUUUCCACAAUCUGUUGUUCAUCACUGAUUUAUAUAAAAUAUGCUAAAUAAAAUGUACUUAUAUUUGAGUGAUGCAA